UGCUGUAUUAAACUAGUUCGUGACCGUAUAUCGCGGUGUUGUACGUAUGAUCAGGUAUUGUGUGAAAAAAACACGCAUUAAUUACUGAUUAAUGACUGAAAUCACAAAAAAAUUGACUUACAGUGGGUAGAACGUGGACAUUAGAUUAACAUUUUAUCAUUUUUAUUAAAAAUCAUUUAUGAUAAUCGUGAAAAAUAUGUAAAAAAGUUGUGACUCCCGAAUCUUAAAAUCAUAUUAGAUAUUUAUCGAAAAUAAUGGUUUUGUAGUUGGCAAAUAGUACAAUAAAGUAUACUGAGUGAUUACUAGGUGUUGUUAAGUGAAUUUGUCUACGAAAAAAUAGCGGAAUAUUCAAUUUUUUCUUUAUGUAACAGAAUGAAGUAGCCGACAUUUUCGCAAGUCCGCCAACCAGGGCUGGACGUCGCCUCUACCAACGUCCGCCAUGGGUUUAACGAGGCACAUUCUCCUUCUUUUGUUAGCUGCUUUUUCCUACUACCAUCACCGGAUUAAUGCUGAACAAGUUGUUGUUUUGGACACGACGGGUGAGGCCUCACUCGAUUGGACGCGGUACCCAUAUGGACCCCAGGCAAACACUCCAGGGUGGGUAGAGGAAUCUUUCACGAAUUUCCAAAAAGGCAUCAAUUGGAGAUCAUAUGUCGUAUGCGAUGUGGCUUACAACAACGUUAACAACUGGUUGUGGACGCCGUUUAUAGACAGGAAUGUGUCUAACCGAAUGUACAUUGAAAUUAAAUUCACUAUAAGGGAUUGCAGUCUUUUUCCUGGAAAUGCAUUGUCCUGUAAAGAAACUUUCAGUUUGCUUUAUUAUGAAUUUGAUGCAGUUACUAGAGAACCGCCUCCGUGGGACGCCGAAAGAUAUAAAUUGAUAAGUCGGAUUGCUGCCGGAGAAGGAAGAUUUAAUUCAAAUAGUGAAGUUAAUAUUAAUACUGAAGUAAAAAGUAUCCCUGUGACAAAAAAAGGUGUUUAUUUCGCUUUUAGAGACCAAGGGGCAUGCAUCUCUUUAUUAGCUAUAAAGAUUUACUAUAUUGUUUGUCCGGAGAUGACGGUAAAUUUCGCCAGAUUUCCAUCUACUCCUACUGGUAAGGAGAUUACACUUAUAGAGCAAGCGACUGGAACUUGUGUAAGCAACGCUGAAAUAGUAGGUGGUACUCCCACUUAUUUAUGUAAAGGGGAUGGUAAAUGGACAUUGCCCACUGGGGGAUGUAAAUGUAAAGCUGGUUUCCAACCUGAUAUGGAUAAACAAACCUGUAAUGUGUGUCAACAAGAAACUUACAAGGCUGAAACUGGUGAUGGUCCAUGUCUUCCAUGUCCACCGUUUUCACAAGGACCAGAUUAUGCUUUAACGGAAUGCAGAUGCAUUUCAGGAUAUUUUCGAGCGCCGACUGAUCCUAAAAAUAUGUCUUGUACACAACCACCGUCUGCACCACAGAAUCUAACAGUUAGCUUCGUCGAUCAAUCUACAGUUAUCUUAAGUUGGUUACCUCCAGAAAAUCUCGGCGGAAGACUAGACACUGUAUACAGAAUAAAAUGCGAUGCCUGCAGUUUAGGUUUGGUCCAGUAUAAUCCAAGUAUGGAAAACUUCAACGAAACCCGCAUCACUAUCAGCGGUCUCAACGCGGUAACCACAUACCGCUUUCAAAUUUUCGCAGAAAACGGGGUGUCACAUAUGGCUGUGAGGGAAUCUCCUGAAUAUGCCGAUAUUGUGGUCACCACGGAAGCAUCCGUUGCCAGUAGUAUUACCAAUAUCAGGGUAACUUCUGUUAAAAGUACAGAUAUUACAUUGGCUUGGGACGCUCCAACUUCCAGCGACGGUUCAGAUAUUGAAAAUGAUUUAGUAGAAGCAUAUGAAGUGCGUUGGUUUCAACGAAACGACAUUGACUACAGCAAUAACAGUUUGCUGACUUCUGAUUUAUCAGCUACUAUUACGGGUCUACAACAGAGAACUGAAUAUGGGCUGCAGGUUAGAGCUAAAACACAAAGAGGAUGGGGAGCAUACUCUCCUGUCAUAUUCAAAACUACAGGUCAAAUGCUGAAUCCAGCAUAUAUUGGUGACGAAGAAGGUCUAAGAUUGCAAUUGGUAGCUGGAGGAAUAGUAGCUGUUGUAGUAAUUCUGGUUGCAGUCAUAGUUUUGACGGUGGUUUUCCUCAGAUCUAGAUCUAACGAUGAAUGUAACAAAAAACAACCAAGCGAUUGUGAUACUUUGGAAUAUCGAAAUGGAGAAGUUCAUCAUAGUUUGGAUAAUCCUCCUAUAGUUGCCACGCAUACAAACGUGACGACGCCAUUGUUCACUGGAAUCAGUGGUUCAUCAAGAACUUACAUUGAUCCACAUACAUACGAAGAUCCCAAUCAGGCAGUACGGGAAUUUGCUAGAGAAAUAGAUGCUAGCUGCAUUACGAUUGAGGCAAUUAUAGGAGGAGGAGAGUUCGGAGACGUAUGUAGGGGCAAACUGAAAAUGAGCAAUGUAGAUAUCGACGUAGCCAUAAAAACUCUAAAGGCUGGUUCAUUGGACAAGUCUCGCAACGAUUUUCUUACAGAAGCUUCUAUAAUGGGACAGUUUGAACACCCAAACGUUAUAUUUUUACAAGGAGUUGUUACAAAAUCUAAUCCAGUCAUGAUCAUCACAGAAUAUAUGGAAAAUGGGUCACUUGAUACCUUCCUAAGGGCAAACGAUGGAAAGUUCCAAGUGAUUCAGCUAACAGGUAUGCUAAGAGGUAUUGCUUCGGGUAUGCAAUAUCUAAGUGAAAUGAACUACGUCCAUCGCGACUUAGCAGCGAGAAACGUAUUGGUAAAUUCGCAAUUAGUAUGUAAGAUAGCAGAUUUCGGCCUUAGUCGAGAAAUUGAAAGUGCCACAGAAGGAGCUUAUACUACUAGGGGAGGAAAAAUUCCCGUCCGGUGGACUGCUCCUGAAGCAAUUGCAUUUCGCAAAUUUACGUCUGCCAGUGACGUGUGGUCUAUGGGUAUAGUUUGUUGGGAAGUUAUGUCCUAUGGGGAGCGACCAUAUUGGAAUUGGUCGAAUCAAGAUGUAAUUAAGAGCAUUGAAAAGGGAUACAGAUUGCCAGCGCCAAUGGAUUGUCCAGAAGCUAUUUACCAAUUAAUGCUAGAUUGUUGGCAGAAGGAGAGGACACACAGGCCUACUUUUCAAUCGAUUGUAAAAACUUUAGAUAAAUUAAUUCGAGUCCCCGAUACCCUAAGGAAAAUUGCUCAGAACCGAUCCAAUAAUCCCUUAUCUGCCGAUGCCCCUGACCUCACAAACUUCACAUGCAUCGAAGAAUGGCUCAAUUCAAUAAAGAUGACACGUUAUUUCGAAAAUUUUCACUCUGGUGGUAUCAACACGAUGGAUGCCGUUGUUAAUCUUACAGUAAAAGAUUUGACAGAAUUAGGCAUCACUCUCGUAGGCCAUCAAAAAAAAAUCAUGAAUAGCGUCCAAAGUAUAAGGGCGCAAAUACGGGUGAAUGGCAAUGAAGGUUUUCUAGUUUAAUGGUUUUUAGAUUCGCUGGAACUGCUGAACGUACCAGAAAUUUUCGACGGUGAUAGAAAUUAUUAUAUUUUUUGAAUCACCUAAAUCAGCUUUAAUUUUAAAUCGAAAUAUUUGAAUAAACAUCUGCAAAUAAAAUGUUUAAAUUGUUACUCAGACAUCAUCGAAAAUUGAAGGUGUGGGUAAAGUGCGGGUUGAAGAUUGGACUAAGAAAAGACGUAUUAGUGAGUAAAAUCAGAACAGUUUAGAGAAAUACAUUGUGUCAAAGUAUCAUAGAACACCAAACAAUAUUUUGUGAAACCGAACCUUUUAAUAAGAGUGACUUUUUAUAAAUAUAUAUAGUAUCUAUAACUGGCAGCUUGGCUUUAUUUAUUCGAAUAUAAAUCAAAAGAGUAUAAAGUGUUUUUGACGAAAAACUCUAAUGCAUUUUUUACCUUUUUUAUGUUGAGAUUUCUUUUUAAUUGUGAUUUUGUUUUAAAUUGAUAAUGAGGGUUAAUGCAUAAUAGAAAAUUAUGAAAAAAUCGAAAAUACACAUUUAGUUAAUUCCAACAAUUUGUAUUUUUAAUUAUAUAAUUUAUAUUAAAUAAUAAAAUUUCAUUGUAUGGAAAACUAAAUACUCAAACUCAAAAUCUUGUAGGUUAAUGAAAAUAUGCUUUAACUUAGAACCAGAUUUUCGUACACUUUUCUUAUUGUAAAUUAAUAAAUUACUUUCAAAUUUAUAAUUUUCUCUUAUAUAUUGACUUAACCUGUACAUGGGGAUUACUUAAAAUCUUAUUUUUUUAUUUACUUUAUUGUAUAUUCUUUAUAUUACAUUAUUAUUUAUUAUUGCCAUAUACCUAUUUAUAAAUGAGUACUGCAAAAUGCAAAUAUGAUGAUUCCCUUCCUUUUGAUUAAAUAAAGGAUAAAACACCAAGAGAAAAUCUUUUAUAGCCAAAUAUAAUCAAAAUAAUGUUAUUUUUUCACAUAUCAAGUUAAAUGUUAUAAAAUAUUUAUUCAGCUUUCGUUUUAAAUUAAAGGAAAAUGCAAAAAUUACAAAGUACAAUGAUUUUUGUGACAAUUAUUUGAAAGAGUUUAGGAAAUAAUAGGACAGAUUGCAGUGAACGUAUUUUAAUGUCUUCCUAACCAGUAAUUAUAAAAAAUUAUACUAAAAGUUAAUUAUUAUUACUUUUCGUUAUUAAAAUUUUAGGGUUUAGGGACACGAAUGCAUAUGAUCCUUUCUACCCUGUACCACUGUUCAAUUGAAGGGUACCAAAAAGUUAUAUUUUGAACUUUUUACAAUGUUUUCUCAUAAUUUUUACUAUCAUUAUAUAAUAGAAUUAUUGAUAAAAAACAAAUCAAUCACACUUUUGAUUAAUGAAAACCAGGAUGAUGACUUUUUCAUCCAUGAGUAGAUACAGCUUAAUACUCAAUCUAUUUAUUAUUUGGUCCCUUCUUAAGUAUAUAUCAUUUGCUCAAAUAUGGUCAAAUAAAAGUAAAUUGUAGUCUUGUAAUAACGUCCAAACUAAUAAUUUGUACAAAAAUCCGCUUUAGAUUAUUUUCAAAUUUGGUAUUGAUAAUAUUUUCUGACAGAUUCCAUGGUUAAAUUUUUGUUAUUUAGAAUUUUCACGAAAGUCCAAAUAUGUUGCGUUGGUUUACUAAUUAUACAGGAUAUCCAGACAAUCUUCUGCUAAAUGCAAAAUCUAGAUCAUAGAUGAGGUUUGAUGUCCAUCUAAUCCAACUUACCAUCAUACAAAAAUUUCUCAUAAGGUUAUCUCAUAAAUCCUCUACCCAUAAACGGUUUUUUAUUGUCAUAAACGCUCAAUUUGAGAAGGGCAACAGGUUACGCCAAAUUUAAUAGAUUAAGUUUUCAUGUGAAAGAGUAUAAUAGUGAAUUCAUAUAUUAUCAUAUUUUUUCUUUAUAGUUUUUUAAUUUAUGAUAAAGUAUGUCAAGCAGAUACAUAAAAAAUUUCACCUUAUUCACCUAUUGCAUCUAGUUGAAAGUUUUUGACAACAAAAAAAACUCGUGCUAUAGCAAACAAUUUAUCGCUGUGGGUUUAUACUAUAUAUUAAGUUUGUGCUUUGUAGGUAACAGUUUUUUAAGCUGCUUGGAUAAAGGUAAACCAGGUUUGAUGGGCAUGAAAUCGCAUCAAGUUGGCUUAAGGCAGGAGAUUUUCUGGACAUCUUGCAUUUUUAUAAUAAAAUAUCACAUUGUUAACUGGUGAUUGUUUUACAAAUUAGUGAUUUAUGUUCACUGCAACUUGUUCCAUAUUUUUGUUCUGAAAAAUGUUUUCAUUAUACUAAAAAUUUAAAAUUAGGUAGAUUCAAUGUAAAAUUUGUCCGUAGAGUAAAUCCUAUAUAAAGACUGUUUGUCUAAAUAAUUCUAAAUAUACAUUAAUCUAAAAUGAUAGCAAUAAUUCAGUGUUUUCAAAUGCUAAUUUUAUUUUAAUUGGGAUGUUAGAUACAUUUUUCAUGUAUGUAAUAUACUUUACUACAAGAACCAUUAAUGAAUUUUUCUCUUAACAGCAACAGUUUUUAUGAAUUAUUUACUUACCAAAUUUUUUCGAAUACAUUUCUCAAAAUUGGUUCAAUACAACCAAAUGAAUUUUUUAAUGUCUCUUUAAUCAAUUAAUAGCUUUCAAAAUUUAAUAGUAAAUAUAAUUUAAUAAAUGAGAGAUUUUGUUAAAUGCUUGAUUUCUAAAAACAAAAAAUUCCAAGUUAUCUGAUCUUGUUCCUCAAUUAAUCGUAUGAUUAUAUUUAAAAAAAAUUUGAAACUGUUUAUUAAUUAAGAUCUUUUGGUAAAUAAGAUAAUCCGUAGUUUUCUUCAUAUAUAUAUAUAUAUAUAUAUAUAUAUAUAUAUAUAUAUAUAUAUAUAUAUAUAUAUAUAUAUAUAUUAAAUUACGUGAGAGGAAAGUUCAUUAUGUGAAUGUUAAAUAUCUUGUAGAUUAAUCGCUAAAACAAUCAAUUUCGGUGUGAUAUUUGGUUUAAAAGUUUGAUAAAUAUGAAAGUGGACACAUUUUAAGCAAAAUUGUCCACUAUCAUUAUGAUAUCCCAUUAAAGUGUUAUUUUAAAAAAAUACAGGUGUACAAUCGAAGUAUGUGUAACUGUAAUUGUACUUAAUUUUUUUAUACUGCUCAAAAUUAUAUAAAUAUGCGCCUAAUUCUUGUAAUUAUGUAAGCUAGUUGAUAUAAGUGAUAUUUUUUAUAUUAAAAAACAAAACCAACAUUAAAUAAUAUGGCCUAAAAACCAGUGAAUGUCAUGGGCCUAUUAUUAGUUUUGAAUCAAAGAAAUAUUUUGAAAAUCACAUCUUUUGUACGGCUCGUUAUUUCACAAAAUAAAAUUUUUAAAAACCUUAAUUUUUUAGUUUAGUAGUGUAUGGAAAUCACUCUUAAAAUAUUUGUUAGUUCCACAAAUGUUAAGAUAGCCUUUAAUUGAUGAAGAGGGACAAAUAUGAACUUUUUGAAUAUGCAAAUAAUUCUUAAGGAGUGAUCUACUCUCACUAAAUGACAAAUAUUUGCCAAAGACAUGAGUAGUGAGACUUAGAUUUCAUGCUUGAUGUAAUUAUAUAAAUACAAACUAAUAAUAAACUAACAGAAUAAAAAAAAUCGAAUUGUGCACCUUGCCUAAGUUCUGAAAUGAAUUUUGUAUUAGUAAAAAUUAUGAUAUUUUCCAUUAACAAAUAAAUAUUUCUAAUACAAUUAACUUUCAUAAUUUUAUCUGCACAAAAUUGAAUUUUUUAUUAUCACUAAAUUUGAAAUAAAUAAUAUAUAAAAAAUUAAUAUUAACAGAAACAUUCACUGGGUUUUGUUUAAAAUAUCACUUAUGUCUGUUUUAAACGAUUCUUUUGAUAUAUAAUAUUUAUAGGUGAAAUAAUUAUUGACUGAAUGUAUUAAGGAAUUAUGUGCAGAUAUUUGUUUUCUAACAAUUAUUCAUAUACAUUCCAAUACUUUGUAUAUUUAUCCCUAAUUACUAAUAUAACUAUUGUUUUAGUAUAUUAUAAAAUCAAUGCAUAUUUAACUAUCCGUUUUGUUAAUAAAAGUUUUAUGUUCAUAUACUUAGAAAACAAUAUUCAUAUUCCAAACUAUUUGAAUUCUGUAAUGCGUUAACAAUUUUUAGUUAAUAUUAACAGUAAAUAAUUGAUGAUAAAAAGAAAUGGUAACACCAUAGAAGUGUUGAUUUAACGACACACACAUUAAGAAAAACAAAAAAUUUAACUUAUUUCAGUAUAAGGUUGUUAAAUGGGUUUUUUUUUUGUAAUAUGAAUAGCAACAAGAAUUUAAUUUACUGUAACAGAAGUAAUGAUUGAGAAGAAAAAUUCCAGUUUGAACUAUAUCUGCCUGACGACAAUUAUAAUAUCCCAAAUAAAAAACUUCGACUAUACUUAAAAUAAGUAUCAAUUUGUUACCUUACGAAGAGCGAAGAGCAAACUAAUUUUAUUCUUAUAAAAUUAUUUGCUGGUGCUAUUUACAAUUUUUUUUGUGAAAUCAACGCCUAGCCUUGAAUCACCAUAAUUGUCUGUUGGUGUAGUGGUAGUGUAAACAAUGUGCUCAGUGUGAAUAUCACCAACAGUUCCAGAAAUUCCAACUUAAUUCGGCGUAUACCACAACCUUGAUGCUAAUAUAUGAUGGAGAUGGAUCCUCGACAGAUCAGUACCUUCUUGACAGAAGGUGAAGUCUAGAGGCUCAGUACUUCAUUAGACCGAACGAGGAGUCCUCAACAAACUCCUUAAUUGGGCUUGGUCGGUUUAGAUUCAUCAGUUGUUACAACUAUCAUUUGGCAUCGUAGACGAAUCGUUAAUGGAUGGAACAUUGUUAGAAGUUAUUAGGAUUUUUUUAAACAUUUCUAUUGGUGCAGAAAACCGUGUAAAUUUUUCAUGUUUGUGUUGAGAUGUCAUCUGCAUCCGCAUGUUAUUGACAUAACAGAACAGAUACGUUUUUUCCUAUUUUUUUCCUAUGAAUAUGCAUUGAUUAAAUCUUGUUGCAGUUUUCAAAGUAACUAGAAACUCUUUUAUUAUGCAUGAUUUAUUCAGAAAUGUCUGUAUUGAAAACGGCAUUCAGUAUCUAUUUUUUGUCUAUAGAUUUCCCUUUAAUAAUGCCAAUAAAUAUUGUACAUAGUUAAUAAUUAGUUGAUUAUUUAUUGACAAUAUUUAAGAAAUAUCAAACUGGAUAGUAUUUGGACAAUUUAAAAAAUCUUUUAAACUGAUACAUAUUUUUAUUUAAACUACCUGCAAGUUUCUUAAUUGAAAAUGCAAUUUUGUAACAAUAGUAAAAAGUUAUUCUUAUGCUAAAAUAACUGAAAACUAUCAUUCAUCACAUCACAUCACAUUUUGGAUUAACAAAAAAAUAUAACUUCACAGAUGUAAAUGGAAAUAAAAUUUUAUUGAUAGUUCUAAAGAAUACUUCGCUUAUUUUUGAUAUUCUUGAAUCUUGAAAUAUUAGUAAUUGAAUAACUCGUUUGUUAACAACCUUCUAAUUAUGAUAUAUGAAUAUUCAAUUAAAAAGUAGAAUACCCAACCAGAUAAUGAAUUUUAUUUUAAGAAUUGACGGACAUUUUUAUAAAUUGAUACAAACUAGUUAUAACCACAACAUUGUAUUAGAAUAAUUGUUGAUAGGUUCAAAAAUUGGAUUGUCCUUUACAUUUUUUGAACUGUAUGCCUUUUUCGAUAAUGAUGUCUCUAAAAAGAUAGUUUAGAUCCAUCAAAGUUUUUUAUAAACAUUUCAUUUUCUAUUGCUCUUAUAAGUCAGUGUAAAAUUGUAAUAUAUUUGUAAAAUAUAAGAAUAUUCAUUAUAAAACAAAUAAAUAGCUUA